GUUCUUCCCUCUUAACAGUGACUGUGUUCUUAAGCACUUUGACUCCAAAAUUCUACGUUGCACUUACAGGGACUUCAUCUCUUAUAUCUGGACUGAUAUUUAUAUUCGAAUGGUGGUACUUCCAAAAAUAUGGCACCUCUUUCAUUGAGCAGGUGUCUGUGAGCCAUUUGAGGCCACUCAUUGGAGGAGUAGAGAAUAGUCCUCCGGUGCCAGGUUUUUCAGCCAACAAUGGAGAAAACGAGACAAACAGGCAGAGUUUGUCAGUGCUCUUUCAUUUUGCAGAGUGCAAAGUAUGGAGAAACCCUCUUAAUCUUUUCAGAGGAGCAGAAUAUAGCAGGUACACGUGGGUGACUGGGAAGGAACCGCUUACAUACUACGACAUGAAUUUGUCUGCUCAGGAUCAUCAGACCUUUUUCACGUGUGACACAGACUCUCUUCGGCCUUCAGAUACAGUUAUGCAGAAGGCCUGGCGAGAGAGAAACCCUCAAGCCCGAAUCAAAGCAGCAUAUCAAGCUUUAGAAUUAAAUAAUGAUUGUGCCACUGCAUAUGUUCUCCUAGCUGAGGAAGAAGCAACAACUAUUAUAGAUGCUGAGAAGUAUUUUAAGCAGGCACUAAAAGCAGGCGAAACAGUUUACAGAAAAUCUCAGCACUGCCAUCCCCAAAACUCCCAACAUGAAGCGCAGCUUAGAAGAGACACCAAUGUAUUGGUUUACGUGAAAAGGAGACUAGCCAUGUGUGCAAGAAAACUUGGAAGAAUAAAAGAAGCAGUAAAAAUUAUGAGAGAUUUAAUGAAAGAGUUUCCACUUCUUAGUAUGUUGAAUAUUCACGAAAACCUUCUGGAGGCACUGCUGGAAUUACAGGCGUAUGCUGAUGUCCAGGCAGUUUUAGCGAAGUAUGAUGAUAUCAGUCUUCCAAAAUCAGCAGCAAUAUGUUACACAGCAGCACUGUUGAAGGCCAGAGCUGUUUCAGACAGGUUCUCUCCAGAAACAGCCUCCAGAAGAGGGCUCAGCACAGCAGAAAUUAAUGCUGUGGAAGCAAUUCACAGAGCUGUGGAAUUUAACCCUCAUGUCCCAAAGUACUUACUAGAAAUGAAAAGCUUAAUUCUACCUCCAGAGCAUAUUCUGAAACGAGGGGACAGUGAGGCAGUAGCAUAUGCUUUCUUCCAUCUUCAGCACUGGAAGCGGAUAGAAGGGGCCCUUAACCUGCUGCAUUGUACAUGGGAGGGCACAUUUAGAAUGAUCCCGUAUCCGUUAGAGAAGGGCCAUCUUUUCUAUCCCUAUCCUAGUUGCACAGAGACAGCAGACAGAGAGCUAUUGCCAACGUUUCACGAUGUCUCCGUUUACCCACAGAAGGAGCUUCCUUUCUUCAUCCACUUCACAGCAGGGUUGUGUUCCUUUUCGGCAAUGCUUGCCGUUCUCACACACCAAUUCCCUGAACUCAUGGUCAUUUUUGCUAAAGCUUUCUUUGGGAUGCUUCUUUCACCCUUCAAUUUCAUUAUGGAAAAGAUUAAGCGCUUCAUGCCAUCCAGUCUCUGGCAUCAGCUGACCCAAAUUUGACAGAAAUGUGUUUUGCACAGUAAUGAGUCCCGAUGUUCUCAGGAACCUUAUCACCAGCUCCCGUUGGGCAAUGGAGCACUUACCUGGCAGCUAGAGGAGCGAAAGGAAGAUAAGCUGCAUUACUUAAACUGUUGUCUUCCAUCUUGUUAUAAUGGUGCUUAAAGUAACCAAAUCCCUUGUUUGGCCUUAGGAUCUGUAAUCAUUUAAGAAAACAUUUUUGUUGAACAAAUAACUUGUUUGCUCCCUGAACCAGAUGUACAAGUCGAGGCUGCUACUUUCUCUGUGCUAAACUUCAGAACACAAUAAAUCAGGUAGAUGUUUUCAGUGUUGGCAUUUCCUCCUGAACUGCCAAUAGUGAUACCGUCACUAGUCAGCCUCCCUGGUUUAAGUAUUCCUAAAGGACUGAGUACAGUUCUGCACUCUCUUUAUUAGAAGGCCCCUUUUGUAAGUAGCUGAAUGUGUCGACCUUUUAAGUGGCAGUUUAAGACAGGUUACACUAGACAGUAAGCAGCACGAGCAGUCUGCUUAUGUCCUAUCCCAUAGGCUUACGUUGCACAAGGAAACUAAGUGCACACUUAGAAAAAGCAUCUGGAUUCAGUAUUCAGAUCGUUCUAGGUUAAAUGCUAAACAUUCUGCCUUUGUUUUAGUUUUCAAAGUGAAAGGAUGUAAGAAUUGCCUUUUAAAGUGCCACCAAGAUGCUUGAGGUACCGGUAUAUGAGUCAUUUUGUGAGGCAGGGACUCCUAAAGGUAGGUCCAAGAUUCGUACUAGCAUCCACUGAUUCUGAAGUGUGAAAACUGAAACUUGGAGCACUCCUGAGAGGGAUAGCACACUUACAUAGAUGUCCACUGGUCAGUAAUGUAAAGAAUCUCCCAAAGGAGGUAGAUGGCAGCAGCAUGGCUUGGGACAAUUGAAAUGAGACAUUCAGGGGGCAAAUUGCCUGUUUUGUGCUUACAGGGCUUGGGUGUCUGUUACUCCUUUGAGGAAACAAAACCACACUAACCUUGGCCUCUUGAAGUAUGGCAGUCGUAAAAAUGUAACAGACAUAAAUGUAAAGGUAUCUGCUUUUGGGUGGGGGAGGUGUCUAUUCAUAAAGAUCAGUGUUUAUCUGCAUUCACUUCUGGAGUCCCAGGAAGGCUGUACAAGGCUGCUAUCCUCACAUUUCAACCAUUUCACAGAGGUCUCGGGAGUGCAGCAACUCACGAUGCUUUUCACUGCACUCUGGCCACAUAACUCGGAUUGUGGUGGCCGAUAGAGUCCUCUCACACCCUCUUUCUUGUUACCGCCAGCCAAAUGCAGAAUGACUAACUUCUGUGCCCCUAAUGGAAGCAGCUGCUGGGUGCUGCAUAUCGUCAUGUUACUGUUUGGCGACACAUAAAUCAAGAUCAGACAUUCAAGGUUCUUUCGAUCUUUUCUUUAAGCACUUCUGUGUUCAUGGUGCUCCAUGGAGUCAGGGCUCCUGAGGAGAUGAGGGUAUUCUAAUUGAUGCAAAUAAAGGCCAUGUUUAGCCAAACCUUUGAUCCUAUGGAAGCAUCCCCACCCACCAGCCGCUCAGUCCAGUCUCCGGUCCCAGCCAAGGAACAGGUCAGGGCAAAGUCAGGGUCUGAAAUCUGAUCCACACAGUGGCAAUGCAGUCUCAAUAGGCUACAUAAGGGAUGUUUCCCCCACCAGUCAGAUUUGCCCCGUAAUUCCCCCUUGAUGCAGGAGAAUGAGCACGGAUUAGCCAAAUCCUCCUUUAAUUUGUCAUUGAAGGACUGUGAAGCAGCCGGUCAUUAGCACAUCCAUCCUUAAGUAUCUCUUAUGCCACUAUUGUGGCUGAGAGAAAGACACCCCCUUCGGGAGAAGCUGUGGCACAGCGUUUUUAUCUCCCACUGUACAUUUGCAUUAAUGGGGCCUUUGCUGUAGGCAGUAGGUUAAAUACUUGAUUUCAUUUAGGAGUCAAGAGGGGAGAUCUACAGAAAGAUACUGACAAAGUUUUGGAGUUCUCCAACUACCGGUAGGUAAUUUUCUCAACUUUUCCUUCCAAUUGAAUAUAAGCCAGUGGGACUAUUUCUCACUGUGGAAUCAUUGCAGUGAUUAAUAGACAUGUUGUGCUCAUGUAAUUUCACUUCAUGGCCCACAGGGGCCCAGAAGGUAACCAACCUAAUGCUUUUUAAAGUUGAACAUUUUCCAGCAUUUGUGUGGGGUUAUAAAUGAAGCACUGCCUCCCAUGUAUCAUCCCAAGAGCUGCUUUCUCUCACUGUCCUCCCCUGACAUAACAGUAACAGAAAGGGGAUGGGCUUGUGCCGAAAGCAGUGCUAGCAACUUUCUCUGUCAUGAAAAUCUGCUUGCCUUCCAGCGCUGUCAGUGAUUCUUAAUGAGGGAGCCGCUCUGUUUCAUUUCUUAGGGGAACCACGCAUGCCCUACAUAGCAUUCCUUUGCCAUUUGUGAGCAGUGUCCCAGCACCUGAUCCAUACAUAGCAAUGCCAUUUAACUGUAUCCCCAGUGAUGUGCACAGGUACCUCUAUAGAAGUGGGUAAUGAUGGCUGCUCAGGGGAGAUAGAAAAAUCAACUAUUGUUACCAUAUGUUCCAUUUAAGAAUAUUUAAGCAAAGUGCAACACACAACCUCAAACACACCUAGCUCCUCACGGCAGCCCACACCCCAUCAUUUACCACCGGCGCAAACCCGCACAGCAACACCACCAGCACACGCAACAGCCACAAACCUCAUUCAAGCCUAGCAGUCUGUUGAGUCAGUGAGAAGCGAUGGAAACAGCUGCAAACAGGGCGGAGAGCUCUCUUUCGGAUAUCACCAGGUUUGUAGUUCACCGGGCUUUGCAGUCCGUUGCCCUCCAGUUCUUAAGUUCUCGACCAUUUUUGGUUUUUUACACGUGACUUUACGAAUUACCCCGUGCGACAACAUAGACUUUCGGUUGCUAGCUUAUCUAGAACUUUGUCAUGACUGAGAUUUCAAAGGAACCUACAGGAGGUAAGGUCCCAAAUUCCCCUGGAAGUCAGUGGGCUAGGAUACCAAUUCCCUUAGGCCCGUUUAACACACUGCCAGGGAACACAGUAUCCCUGUGUGUUGUACCCUUUUUUAUGCUCUUAAACUGAGGCCUGGGUAAAUGAAUGAUUCAGAGAAAGAAACCUGUUUCUGCUAGAAAUUCUCUCUAUAUCUUAGUCCCCUUUGCACAGGUCUGAGCAUUUCCUGCUUCUGCAACAUCUGUCAAAUAAAUCCUGUCAUUAAAAAGAUUUCCACUCGC